ACUUAAGGCCAUCACGAAAACGAGGCUGAUUAUACAAAAAAAUGACGUCAUCUUAAUAAAACGUCAUAUAAACAACAGCAUGAAACGUCACAAGUUUUUGUCUGGCUGUGAAUCCAUCUUAAGAGGGUGCACUUUAGCUUUGUUUGUUUUUCGUGGUUUUACCUGAAAAUAAUUCAAUGGGUUUUGAUAAAAAACUAGCAUCGUUGUUCUCAAAAAAGAAGAAUCGCAAGAAAAAGAACAACAACUCUUCAAGAAGUUCUUCUAAAAGAUCGAUCGAUAAUAGUAGCUCCCAACUUGGCGGCGGUGGAGAUACUAUUAUUGAAAGUAUCCAAACAUUCGAUUGUGAUGACGCUGAACCCUGCUGUAGUAAAUAUCUUACAGAGAAUGAAAUAGCCAAUCAGCAUACCGAGAAAAACAACAAGCAGACAAGAACACCGUCACCACUCUUCACAAGAAAUGGACUUCGGCGACAAAUCGAUUUUAACGAACCUUUACAACCGUUAGAAUUUUCCGACGAUGAAGAUGACGGUUUUGAUAUGACGACAUCCAUAGAAGAACUGUCCACUGAUUCAUCUCAGGGAACCUUGUCAUCGCUUACACAGCUUAAGGACAAUGAAUACAAAAGUAGCGAAGGUGAUGAUAAUGAAGAUGAAGAUGAAUAUGAUGAAGGCAAUGGCAGUAACGAUCGAUGUAACCAAAAUGAAAGCAAGACUAAUGAAAGAAGAUCUCUGAUAUCUAAGAUGAAAAUGAAGUUAAUUUCUCGCAAAGAAGAAAAAAAAAUGGAGAGAAAUAGAUUGCUUAAUGAAAAGUUGGAGAAAGAAUUAAAGGCACUUAAUGAGUUACGAAAAGAGCGGAAGUCUCUUGAGGAGCGGUUGAAGGAGAAAAGAAGAAUGGAAGAACAAGAAAAAAACAAACAAACUUUAAGAUCUCAAAGUAGAAUCAGUAAGAAGGAAAACGAGAGCGAUACGUCUAGCAGUGGCCAGCAAAAUCAAAUUGACAAAAGUGAAAAUCUGAAUAAAGUUGAAAAACACACACGAAAGGAAAAGAUUACGCGUGCCAAACCUGCGACAACUAACCACGGUAAACGAACGGUGGUGGCUAGUGAUCGACAACGAACAAAGGAAGAUCAGCGAAAAGAGAACAGAAAAAGACCUCUGAGUAAAAAAAAGCAAGACAAACGAAGGAAAAAUGGGGAUGAAAGUGAGAACACUGAAAGCUAUGACAGCGAUGGCAGACCAAAGAGUCGAAAAAAUCAAGUUGAAGCAUCAUCACCUGGAUCCAGAAGAUCACUUAUCAAUUUAACAGCACUACCACCAGAUAUGUUAGAUUAUCUCUCAGAUGAAAUCAAUUUAACAAGAAUCUACACCAUUCCACGUUGGAGGCUGCCUCAGUAUUCACCAACAAUCAACGUUGUACAAUCUUUACUGACAGAAGAUAGCUCCAUUAAUGAAAUUUCCGUUGAAGAAUCCGCACCACCUCCACCUUAUGUUGAGAGGAAAAGAACGCCACCGCCACCUAGAACACCAAGAACGCCACCUCCACCACCCCCGCCAAUAACACCAGGAUUGCCUUCUAGUGAAACUUCCUCUCAUAUUGAUUUUUCUAAAUAUACUCCUAAUUCAAAUGUUUGCAAGAAUAAAAUUUACGGAUUCAGUAUUUCCGGCUGCCCGGUUGAGGAAAAUUAUCUUCCUGAUAUCGGAUAUUGUUUUCUUCCUGUAAAGGCCACAGGAAAAGAGCGAAUGAAAUUGUUGGAACAGUAUCGCAUGGAAGCGGCUGAGAAGGAAAGAAUAAAGGCGGCAAAAAUAUUUUCUGAACAAUUUCCUCCUCAGAAUCCAGAUAAUGUUCCCAAAAAAGAACGCGAAACAGCCGAGCAUUUCAUAAAAAAUGUUUACUCCGGGAAAAUGAAAAACUCCGAUGAAGAGAGUGAAGAUGGUAAAAAGAACACCAUGAUGAAGUUCAAGAUUCGAAGACGAAUAUCUGUUGGUAGCUAUCCAAACGAAUCAGUGGAUGAGAAAAACUUGCCUCGAUUAUUAAGAUAUGCUUGGAAAGGAAAGAUUAAAAAGCUGGAAAAAUAUCUAUCGGACAAAGAUAAGCAUCGGAAAAUCAACCGUUGCGAUGAAAAGGGACGGUAAGUAUCAACCUUGUCCCCAGGACAUCUUGUAUCUUUUCUGACACCAGAAGGGCGAUACGACCAUCCUUAUAACAAAAAAAAUACACGAUGUCCCAGGGGCAAGGUUGGGUAGGUAUCUCUCAAAUCGAUUGUACCAAAUUUAAAAACUCUAAUAAAUAUGCAUGUGAGUUAUUCUCUACAUUGUAAAAUUAAUUACAAGUAAGCAUGAUGCUCAAUUAAGUGUCUUUGGAAAAGGUCACUUUUGCCUAAAUAGGCAAACAUGGCCGCAAUGUAAAUAACCCCUGUGACUGUUCAUAUUCUAGAACUGCAUUGCAUUUCGCAGCGUCAUGGGGUUGCUCCAAAACGCUAAACAUUUUGUUAAAAGUUCCUGGAGUGAAGUUAAACCUACGAGAUGAAGAUGGAAAAA